GGAAGAAAUUACAAGAAGCAAAGCUAAAUAAUGAAUAAAUAAACAACGAAGCAAAUUGGACUUUGAGAUUGAUGUAGAUGACGACAUAGAUUGUUUAGAAGAGACGUUUAACAGCACAUGUUACAAACUACUGAAAAACAGUGUGGGUAACUAAAAGAAAGUGCAGUGGCAGAAUCUUGAUUGUCUAUUAGUUCUUACAAACAGAGAGAGUGGUCGAAACCGAGGCUCAAUUAGGGAUGAAGCUCGCCUGCUGGAAGUCAUUAAAGCGAGGAUGUGGAGUUAUGAACACAGCGGAAAGGCUUUUGGUGGUGCUCCUCAUACUAAUAGUAAUAUGCGACGCCGGUUUUCCGUGUCCAUCGGAGUGCCAGUGCACAACAUUUACGAGGAAUGUCAACUGUGAAUUUAGGAAACUUACAAUUAUUCCACUUGGACUUCCAGGAUACACUGAAUUUCUGUAUCUGCCGAGCAACAAUAUUAGCACCCUAGAGAAUCCACAUGCCUUUCAUGGACUAGUGGCCAUUCGAGUUCUCAUUCUCCGUCAUAAUGCCAUGCGGACAAUUAAUAAAGGAAUAUUCAGAACGCUCAAAACCCUGGUGACGUUGGAUCUUUCGUCAAACAUGCUAACGAGAGUUAAUAAAGGUAUGUUUUAUCGAUUGUCAAAUCUAACACACCUCUAUUUAAGCAACAAUCGACUUGGAGAGGGAGGGGUUGAAGCUAGUGCCUUUACUGACACUCCAAAUUUGGAAUACCUUAGUCUUAGAAAUAAUGGCAUUUCCUACCUCCACGAUGAUGUCUUCAAAGGCCUUAACAAACUACUGACGCUAAACCUUGGUGAAAAUAAGUUGGGGACACUUGAUGACUACAUUUUCAAAUUUUCUCCAAACUUAGCGAAUUUGUAUAUCGAUAGUAACAGGAUAACAGUAAUAUCAAGGGAAUUCCGAAAAUUGAAACAUAUGAAAGUUUUGAAUCUUAAUAACAACAAUAUUCAAACCCUCCUCCAUGAUACGAUACCUCAGACGUUGGGACUUAAUUUACACAUAAAGGAGAAUCCGUUCCAUUGUAGCUGUGAAAUGAAGUGGAUUAAACGUACCAUUAAAGAAACGGCCAUGAAGGUCGAUGGUUAUUGCCUCACUCCGGAAAUUCUAAAUGGAAAACAUUUCGCCCAGAUUCUCGAGCAGGACUUUGCCUGUAAACAACCGCAAUUCGUAAAUCAUAACCCAUGCAGAGUUACACGUGAAGGCAGUAAAGUGACUGCAUUAUGCACAGCUGCUGGUAAUCCAGCACCUACUAUAUCUUGUACCAGCCCAUAUGGUGUGAAUCACGUACAGAAACCAUCGAGCGACAAAAGUGUCAAUCGCACCAUAGCAUCUUGGAAAUUCGACUUAUCUAACCCAGCUAUGAAGAAAGACUUUUUUACGUGUAACGCAAGUAAUAUAGCAGGUCACAUGUCACAACCAGUUCAAUUAAUUUUUGUUGCCCAGACACGCUCGGGCACGUCUGGGGUUGAUUCCAACACAAUGAACAUAUUAACAAUACUCAUUCUCACUAUUUGCAUUUUUCAAAUCAAAGUAAGAUAAUUUACCUAAAGCAAUGUCCAGCGGAUACAUAUACUUUGAUUAUAUCGCUAGCUAAAUGCCUUAAAAAAUGGCAAAUUGACCGCAAAGGAAUAGGAUAAUAGGGGUUUAGAAUGCUUGACCAUGUUUCAAAGCACUGUAAUAUUGGAUCAGACCAGAAAUAGAGACAAUGAACAGUGAAUGAGUUAUCACCUUUGUGGCACAUGCUUCACAAAUAGGAAGGAACAUGUACUCUGCCAAUCCUAAUUCAAACUAAAAUAAUUUCCUGGUUUAUAGAAAGAAGUCCAAUGGAGAGUUGGAGUUGGCGGUAAUUAUAUAAUAUUUCGUUCAAAUUUACAUUCCUUCGUUGAUAGUGACUAGUGGCUAGAUGUAGAUCAAUAAUUUGGAUAGAUAUUAAUAUUAUUAUCAUCAACUUGAACUCUGGAAAAAAUACAAUAGGGUAUACAUGUAGAUAGGGUAUAUAGUGUUUAUACGAUUUUGAACCCCUACCUGGACAUCCAUGAAUCUCCCAGCGAAGUGAUAUUUGACGCUCCCAAGUCUGAGGCCACAGUCGCACACUUGUCCCAAUAAAUGGACUUCCCAAGAAAUGUGUUCGAAUUGUGUUGUAGUCAGAAUUUCCAUCAAAUACCUAAAAUAUAAUGUCUAUUAAUGCAAGCUGGGGAGUUUUGAUAUGAAUUCCUUAUCAUGAUGUUUCAAAACUAAUUGAUAUGCUUCUCUGGCCUACUGUGUAUAUGAUGCAUCAUCAUUUUGUUAUUAAUGAAACAAUGACCUCGAAUAUUAUUCCUCUUUGGAUUAUUCACCUUGAGUCUGGACUUGCAUAUGAUGUUAUUUAAAGAAGGCCACGAAUCGAUGUAUGGUAUUAGAUCUAUCUAUAUUGUACUUAGAAAAGGCGUCUUUGCAAAAUUGUGUUCUACAUAUUAAUGACAUAUCAAUAUGUAUACUACUGACCGAUGCACUGCAAGCAACUAGUGUCCUUAGCUUGUUGCUUUAAAUAUUAGAAACAGGGACGAUUGGCUCUGAGAGAUACCACUCAAUAUUUUCCAACAAUGAAGAUGUCAGAAUGUCGUUAUUUCCUGACAUUAAAACUGGCUAUGAAUUCAUAAU